UACCCCGACAGGACUGAAUGGCAUGGGCUGGCCUGAGCACACCUCUGACCCAGCUCCUCCCUGCCAGCUGCUCUCUCUCCUUCCAGCCGUCCCAGAUGGAGCUCUGAACACGGUCAUCUGUGCUGACGAGGUGGGGAGUGAGGAGGACUUGUAUGACAGCUCCAGCCACCACUACAGCCACCCUGGAGGGGGCGGCGAGCAGCUGGCCAUCAAUGAGCUCAUCAGCGAUGGCAGUGUGGUCUGUGCUGAAGCACUCUGGGACCAUGUCACCAUGGAUGACCAGGAACUGGGUUUCAAAGCUGGGGAUGUCAUCGAAGUAAUGGAUGCUACCAACCGAGAGUGGUGGUGGGGCCGUGUCGCCGACGGCGAGGGGUGGUUUCCAGCCAGCUUCGUGCGGCUGCGUGUGAACCAGGACGAACCCCCUGACGACGCCUGGCGGCCCAUGGCCCCCGAGGCCCAGGAAGAAGGGGUGGAGGUGCCCGGCAGCAAAGAGCAGAUGCGGACCAAUGUGAUCAAGGAAAUCCUCAGUACGGAGCGCGACUACAUCAAGCACCUGCGAGACAUCUGUGAGGGGUACAUCCGGCAGUGCCGCAAGCGCGCGGACAUGUUCAGCGAGGAGCAGCUGCGCACCAUCUUCGGGAACAUCGAGGACAUCUACCGCUGCCAGAAGGCCUUCGUGAGGGCGCUGGAGCGGAAGUUCAACCGCGAGCGGCCUCACCUCAGCGAACUGGGCGCCUGCUUCCUGGAGCACCAAGCAGACUUCCAGAUCUAUUCGGAGUACUGCAACAACCACCCCAAUGCCUGCCUGGAGCUUGCUCGGCUCACCAAGCUCAACAACUACGUAUACUUCUUUGAGGCCUGCCGGCUGCUACAAAAGAUGAUCGACAUCUCCCUGGAUGGCUUCCUGCUCACACCGGUGCAGAAGAUCUGCAAGUACCCUCUGCAGCUGGCUGAGCUGCUCAAGUACACACCCCCCCAGCACAGGGAUUUCAAGGAUGUGGAAGCUGCCUUACAUGCCAUGAAAAAUGUGGCCCAGCUCAUCAACGAACGGAAACGGAGGCUAGAAAACAUCGACAAAAUUGCUCAGUGGCAAAGCUCCGUAGAGGACUGGGAGGGGGAAGACCUCCUGGUCCGAAGCUCAGAGCUCAUCUAUGCAGGGGAGCUAACUCGUGUGACACAGCCGCAGGCCAAGAGCCAGCAGAGGAUGUUCUUCCUGUUUGAUCACCAGCUCAUCUUCUGUAAGAAGGACCUUCUCCGCCGUGACAUGCUGUACUAUAAAGGCCGAGUGGACAUGGACGGCUUGGAAGUGGUGGAUCUGGAGGAUGGGAAGGACAGAGACCUUCACGUGAGCAUCAAGAACGCCUUCCGACUGCACUGCAGCCCCACAGGGGAGAGCCACCUGCUGUGCGCAAGGAAGCCUGAGCAGAAGCAGCGCUGGCUGAAGGCCUUGGCCAGGGAGCGGGAGCAGGUGCGGCUGGACCAGGAGACAGGCUUCUCCAUCACGGAGCUGCAGAGGAAGCAGGCCAUGCUGAAUGCCAACAAACAGCAGACCACGGGGAAGCCCAAAGCCCUCGGCCGGCCCUACUAUCUGACACGCCAGAGGCACCUGGCACUGCCCACCAGCCUGCCCCAGAAACAGGUCCUGGUACUGGCGGAGCCCAAGCCGAAGCCAUCCACCUUCUGGCACAACAUCAGUCGACUGGCGCCCUUCCGCAAGUGAGCAGUACCACAGGCAGCAAGUGGACCUUUGCCUGCCAACAGGCGGGCCUCUGGCUUUUUCUCCCCAAGGCCCCACAGCAAGCCCUCCUCUGCUAUUACGCAAACUGGGAGUGAGCAGGGGACGGGCAUAGCUCAGUGCCACUGAUACAUGCCAGUUCUAUGCCCCUGCUCUUGGUUUCCUCCCACUCCCGGUGCACUGAUGAUCCCGGCUGGAGAGGAAGGGACCUUAAGCAUGGGAACCUCCUACAUCCCAAGACUCUUGGGGCCUCAGCCAGUAUGUGAGAAGACUGGCCACUCUGGACCCUCUUCUUUCGACAUCUGGUCGUCCCAGCUUCUGUUUCCUGCGGAAGGCAGGAGAGACCAUCUGCCUUCACCACCCACAACACUAGGCUGUGGGGCCCUCGGCCCUGUCCUCCUUGCUGGGCCCCAGCCAGGUGGUGACAGCAAGCAACAUGCCUCCCUGGAGGACUGGGAAAGCACUUCUGCACACCAAUGCUGGGCCUACCCAAGCUGACCCCACCCACCUGGCAUCGGACACCCUGCACCUCUAGCUCAUGUAUUUCUAGUGUAAACAAAAACACUAGUCGGCGACAUAUGUCAGGGUUUGUCACCAGUCCACCUGUACUUGUGGGUGACCCCUGAAUCUGGUUUUGGUUUUGUUGCAUUCUGUUGCUUUUCUGACACUGCAGAAUUGUCAUUAGUGACUCAGAAAGAUUGCCUUACCCCAAGUGAGUGUGAGAAGCCAUAAGGACUGAAUUCUGCGGCCUAGUCUCCAGGGCUGCCCACCACCCAGAGGCUGGCAGACUCUGGGUUUAAGGGUUGCCCGCAUCCUGCUAAGAAAAGUACUGUGAGAGUGGCCUGGCUGUGGGUGAGUGUCGAGCCAACCCUCUGGUCCUUGGGAAUUCAGCGCAUGUACAGUCAGUCUCUCUUGCACUAAACCUCCAAGCCAGAAACCACAUUUAAUUUCAUAAAGAAACUUGUGAAAAAAA